CACUCACACACACACAUUCACAUUCACAGCUACAGCUACAGCUACACACACACACAGUACAAACCAGCAGCAUCGCGGGUGGCGGCGGGACGCAGCAGAGAAAGGAGAAGAAAGGGAGAAAGGAGGCUUUUAUUUUAUUUUUUUAUUCAUUUUUUUCUUCUUUUAUUGGGCGACCCCCGGCUCUGCUGGAGAAAGGAGCCGACCCCCAGCAGUACGCGCUGGGCACGAGCACGGAGGAGAGAGCGGGAUUUAUUUUUUUAUUUUUUAUUUUUAAUUGAAUAAAAAAGGCUAUCCUUUUAAAACUGCAGUGUGCGGUUUUCAGCAGGACGCAGCGCAGCUCCAUGACCGCGCUGUCCCGCACCGCGGUUUGAAAAAGCCUCCCCCCCUCCAGCCUCCCUCUCUCAGGCGGCUCCUGCACGAACCCAGACCCGCGUUUCAGGCUUGUGCUGGCCGCCGGCGGAGGGACCCGAGGCGGCACCACCACCACCACCAGCAGCACGACGCAGGAGGCUUUGAUGAGGUGCUCGGCCCCGGUCCUGCACAGCCACAGCCGCCACCUCCUCCUCCACCUUCUUCUCCACCACCUUCUCCUCCUCCUGUGCCUCCAUUAACCUAACCAGCGGUGAGCGACGCCGCGCCGGGCGAACAUGCGGGCUGUCGGAUUGCUCACCCUCGGCUUCUGCCUCACCGUGGAGGUCCUGGUCCCUACCGGAUCCAUUGAGGCUCCGAAGACCUGCAGCCCCAAGCAGUUUGUGUGUAAAGAUCAGGUGACGUGCAUUUCCAAAGGCUGGCGCUGCGAUGGAGAGAAGGACUGUCCAGACGGUUCAGACGAGUCUCCUGAUAUCUGUCAUCAGAGUCAGGCGUCCCAGUGUCCCCCCAAUGAGUUUGAGUGUCGGGGGACGGAUGUGUGUAUACACCUGAGCAAAGUGUGCGACAGCAUCUCAGACUGUACAGAUGGCCGAGACGAAGGACAUCACUGCCUGGAGUUUGCUGGAAACUGCACCACCAUGGGCUGCCAGUACGACUGCGCCGUCACGCCCUUUGGACCCAAGUGCUACUGCAGGAACGGAUACGAGGUCGGAGAAGACGGAAAAACCUGUAAAGAUUUUAACGAGUGUGCAGUAUACGGCACAUGCAGUCAGGCCUGCACCAACACUGAUGGCUCCUACAUCUGCAGCUGUGUGGAGGGCUACCUGUCUCAGCCAGACAACCGAUCCUGCAAAGCCAAGAACAACCCUGUGGACCGUCCUUCAUACCUCCUGAUAGCGAACUCCCAGAACAUUCAGGCCACCUCUCUGAACGGCGCCAACCCCAUCUCCAUCAACACGCGCAAGACCACCGCCAUGGACUUCAUCUACGCCGAGGAGACGGUCUGCUGGAUCCUGGUCGGAGACACGUCCGGCGGCACGCAGCUGAAGUGCGCCAAGUUCCCCAACGCCAAGAGCUUCACUGAUGAGAGGACCAUCAACGUCUCCCUCAGUCUGCACCAUGUGGAGCAGAUGGCGAUCGACUGGCUGACCGGUAACUUCUACUUUGUGGACGACGUGGACGACCGUAUCUUCGUCUGCACCAACGACGGCUCCACCUGCAUCAUCCUGCUGGAUCUGGAGCUCUACAACCCCAAGGGCAUCGCACUGGACCCAACUAUGGGUAAGAUGUUCUUCACAGACUACGGGCAGAUCCCUAAAGUGGAGCGCUGUGAUAUGGACGGGCAGAACCGCACUAAACUGGUGGACAGUAAAAUCGUUUUCCCGCACGGCAUCACGCUGGACCUGGUCAGCAGACUGGUGUACUGGGCGGACGCUUACCUGGACUACAUUGAGGUGGUGGACUAUGAGGGCAAGAACAGACACACCAUCAUUCAGGGCCUGCUGAUUGAGCACCUGUACAGUCUGACGGUGUUCGAGAACUACCUGUACGCCACCAACUCUGACAACGCCAACAUGCAGCCCAAGACCAGCGUGAUCCGCGUCAACCGCUUCAACAGCUCCGAGUUCCAGGUGGUCACGCGAGUGGACAAGGGCGGGGCUCUGCACGUCUACCACCAGAGACGACAGCCUGCAGUGCGCAGUCAUGCGUGUGCUCCUGAUCAGUACGGGAAGCCGGGGGGUUGCUCUGAUAUCUGCCUGCUGGCGAACAGCCACAAGAGCCGGACGUGCCGCUGCCGCUCCGGGUUCAGCGUCGGCAGCGACGGCAAAUCCUGCAAGAAGCCAGAGCACGAGCUGUUCCUGCUGUACGGUAAGGGACGGCCGGGUGUGAUCCGGGGAAUGGACCUGCACGCUCGAGUCUACGACGAGCACAUCAUCCCCAUCGAGAACCUCAACAACCCCCGCGCUCUGGACUACCACGCCGAGACAGAGUUCAUCUACUUCAGCGACGCCACCACCUACACCAUCGGCCGGCAGAAGAUCGACGGAACCGACCGGGACAUCAUCGUGAAGGACGGAAUCCACACGGUUGAGGGGAUAGCUGUGGACUGGAUGGGUCAGAACUUGUACUGGACAGAUGAUGGACUUGAGAAGACCAUUAAUGUGGCGAAGCUGGAGAAAGCCUCCCAGACUCGCAAAGUUCUAGUGGAGGGAAAGAUGACCCACCCACGGGCCAUAGUGGUGGAUCCAGUUCACGGGAUGAUGUACUGCAGUGAUUGGCAGGAGGACUCCAGAGAUGCGAAUCUUGGAAGCAUUAGAAAGGCCUGGAUGGACGGAUCCAACUUCGGCGUCCUCAUCACCUCCAAGAACAUGCUGUGGCCCAACGGACUGAGCCUGGACAUCCAGCAGGGCAUCCUGUACUGGGUGGAUGCUUACUACGACCGCAUUGAGAUGGUGCUCCUCAACACCACCGAGCGCAGGACGGUGUAUGAAGGGCAGGAGCUGAGCCACCCGUUCGGCCUGUGCCACUAUAAGAACUUCCUGUUCUGGAACGAGUAUCGGGUCGGCAGCAUCUAUAAACUGGACCAGAUCACCAAGAAGGUGACUCUGCUGCGCACCGAACGACCUCCGAUCUACGAGAUCCGGACCUACGACGCUCAGCAGCAGCAAAUCACAGGUCAUAAUUUGUGUCGGGCGAACAACGGCGGCUGCAGCAGUCUGUGUCUGCUCACACCGGUGGGCCGAACCUGCGCCUGUGCUGACGACCAAAUCCUGGACUCCGACAACAAGACCUGUAAAGCCAAUCCGUCCUACGUUCCUCCUCCUCAGUGUCAGCAGGGAGAGUUUGCCUGUAAGAAUAACCGCUGCAUUCAGGAGCGCUGGAAAUGCGACGGAGACGACGACUGCCUGGACAAGAGCGAUGAAGCCCCAGAGCUCUGCCAUCAGCACACCUGCCCAGAAGACCGCUUCAAGUGUCAGAACAAUCGCUGCAUCCCCAAACGCUGGCUCUGUGACGGAGACAAUGACUGCGGUACCGACGAGGACGAGUCCAACACCACCUGCUCAGCUCGCACUUGUCCUCCUAACCAGUUCCCGUGUGCCAGUGGCCGGUGUAUCCCCUCCUCCUGGACCUGUGAUCUGGAUGAUGACUGUGGGGAUCGCUCUGAUGAACCCGCCUCCUGUGCCUAUCCCACUUGUUUUCCACUCACUCAGUUCACCUGUGCUAACGGACGCUGCAUCAAUGUAAACUGGCGUUGUGAUAAUGAUAAUGACUGUGGAGAUAACAGUGAUGAGGCGGGCUGCAGUCACUCCUGCUCCAGCGUGCAGUUUAAAUGCAACAGCGGCCGCUGCAUCCCGGAGUACUGGACCUGCGACGGAGACAACGACUGCGGAGACAACAGCGACGAGAAGAGCGCCAACUGCACCAACCAGGCUACUCGUCCCCCCGGAGGCUGCCACACUGAUGAAUUUCAGUGCCGGAUGGAUGGUCUGUGCAUCCCGAUGCGCUGGAGGUGUGAUGGAGACACCGACUGCAUGGACCUGAGUGAUGAGAAGCACUGCGAGGGAGUCACACACAUGUGCGACCCUGCCGUCAAAUUCACCUGCAGAGACUCGGCUCGGUGCAUCAGUAAGGCCUGGGUGUGUGACGGGGACAGUGAUUGUGAGGAUAACUCUGAUGAGGAUAAUUGUGAGGCGCUGAUGUGUAAGCUCUCGCACCACGUGUGCGCCAGUAACAGCUCCAUCUGCCUGCCGGCUGAAAAGCUCUGCGACGGCAAGGACGACUGUCCCGACGGCUCAGACGAGAAGCUCUGCGAUCUGUGCUCAGUAGAGAACGGAGGCUGCAGCCAUAACUGCUCCAUCGCUCCGGGCGAGGGCAUCCUGUGCUCCUGCCCGCCGGGCAUGGAGCUGAAAUCUGACAACCAGACCUGCCAGAUCCAGAGCUUCUGCGCCAAACACCUCAAGUGCAGCCAGCGCUGCAUCCAGGAGAAAGCCACCGUCAAGUGCGCCUGCUACGAGGGCUGGGCCCUGGAGCCCGACAACGAGAGCUGCAAGAGCACCGAUCCAUUCAAACCCUUCAUCAUCUUCUCCAACCGGCACGAGAUCCGCCGCAUUGACCUGUAUAAGGGAGAGUUCAGCGUUCUGGUGCCCAGCCUCAGGAACACCAUCGCCCUGGACUUCCACCUCAACCAGAGCUCCCUCUACUGGACCGAUGUGGUGGAGGACAAGAUCUACCGUGGGAAACUUUCGGAAAAUGGAGCUCUGACCAGUUUUGAAGUGGUUAUCCAGUAUGGUCUGGCUACUCCAGAGGGCUUGGCUGUGGACUGGAUUGCUGAAAACAUCUACUGGGUGGAGAGCAACCUGGACCAGAUCGAGGUGGCCAAACUGGACGGCACCAUGCGCACCACCCUGCUGGCUGGAGAGGUGGAGCAUCCGAGAGCCAUCGCCCUGGACCCUAGAGAUGGUAUCUUGUUCUGGACGGACUGGGACGCCAGCUCCCCCAGAAUAGAAGCCGCCUCCAUGAGUGGGGUCGGACGCCGUACCAUUCACAGGGAAACGGGCAGCGGAGGCUGGCCCAACGGCCUCACCGUCGACUACCUCGAGCGCCGGAUUCUGUGGAUUGAUGCCAGAUCUGACGCCAUCUACUCCGCUGCGUACGACGGUUCUGGCCUGAUCGAAGUUCUGCGAGGACACGAGUACCUGUCUCACCCCUUCGCCGUCACCAUGUACGGAGGGGAAGUUUACUGGACGGACUGGCGCACAAACACUCUGGCCAAGGCCAACAAGUGGACCGGCCACAACGUGACUGUGGUGCAGAGAACCAACACCCAGCCGUUUGACCUGCAGGUCUACCACCCGUCCAGACAGCCUCAAGCUCCGAACCCGUGUGCUGCUAAUGGAGGAAAGGGUCCGUGUUCUCAUCUCUGCCUCAUCAACUACAACCAGACCUUCUCCUGCGCCUGCCCUCACCUGAUGAAGCUGCAGGCAGACAAUCACACCUGCUACGAGUCCCGUCAGUUCCUGCUGUACGCUCGGCAGAUAGAGAUCAGAGGUGUGGACAUUGAUAAUCCGUAUUACAACUACAUCAUCUCCUUCACCGUACCGGUUAUUGAUAAUGUGACGGCGGUGGAUUACGACGCUCUGGAGCAGCGUAUUUACUGGUCUGAUGUGAGGACUCAGAUGAUUAAAAGAGCUUUUAUUAACGGGACGGGGGUGGAGACCGUGGUUUCUGCUGAUAUCCCUAACGCACAGGGACUGGCUGUGGACUGGGUGUCCAGGAACCUGUUCUGGACCAGUUAUGAUGCCAGUAAGAAGCAGAUCAACGUGGCUCGACUGGACGGCUCCUUUAAGAACUCCGUCAUCCACGGACUGGACAAACCCCACUGUCUGGUGGUCCAUCCUAUGCUCGGAAAGCUCUACUGGACUGAUGGUGAUAAUAUCAGCAUGGCUAACACAGACGGCACCAACCGUACUUUACUCUUCACCAAUCAGAAGAGUCCUGUGGGACUCUCCAUUGACUUCAAUGAAGAGAGGCUGUACUGGAUCAGUUCAGGGAACAGCACCAUAAACCGCUGCAUGCUGGACGGCACCGGGCUGGAGAUCAUCGAGGCGGUGAAGGGCAAGCUGACCAAGGCCACGGCUCUGGCUGUUAUGGGAGACAAGCUGUGGUGGGCCAAUCAGGGCACAGAUCAGGUGGGCACCUGUGAUAAGGACGGCAGGAACUGGAAGAUUCUGAGGAACAGCACGUCUCCUGUAAUGCAUAUGAAGGUUUAUAAUGAGACAGUUCAGCAGAGAGGUACGAAUCUGUGCACUAAGAAUAACGGGGACUGCUCUCAGCUGUGUCUGCCCACCUCCCCCACCACCAGAUCCUGCAUGUGCACCGCAGGGUACAGCCUGAAGAGCGGCCAGCAGUCCUGCGAGGGUAUGGGCUCGUUCCUGCUGUAUUCAGUGCAUGAGGGAAUCCGUGGCAUCCCUCUGGAUCCUGCUGAUAAAUCUGAUGCUCUCGUGCCGGUGUCGGGCACCUCUCUGGCGGUGGGCAUUGAUUUCCAUGCUGACAACGACACCAUCUACUGGGUGGACAUGGGUCUGAGCACCAUCAGCCGAGCCAAGAGAGACCAAACCUGGAGGGAGGACGUGGUUACUAACGGUAUUGGGCGUGUGGAGGGCAUUGCUGUCGACUGGAUCGCAGGAAACAUCUAUUGGACAGACCAGGGCUUCGACAUGAUUGAGGUGGCCAGGCUCAACGGCUCCUUCCGCUAUGUGGUCAUCUCUCACGGCUUGGAUAAACCCCGCGCCAUCGCAGUGCAUCCAGAGAGAGGGUACCUGUUCUGGACAGAGUGGGGACAGUACCCACGGAUUGAGAGAUCUCGGCUUGAUGGUUCUGAAAGAAUAGUGCUGGUGAACGUUAGCAUUAGCUGGCCCAACGGCGUCUCCAUUGACUACGAGGAGGGUCUGCUGUACUGGUGUGAUGCUCGUACAGAUAAAAUUGAGCGUAUUAAUCUGGAGACGGGAGGAAACCGCGAGUUGGUUCUGGCUGUUCAUAACAUGGACAUGUUUGCCGUGUCCGUGUUUGAAAACUACAUCUACUGGAGCGACAGAACUCAUGCUAAUGGCUCCAUCAAGAGAGGCAAUAAGAACAAUGCCACUGAUAUGGUGUAUCUGAGGACGGGCAUCGGUGUUCAGCUUAAGGACAUCAAAGUCUUCAACAGAGCAAGACAGCAAGGUACGAACGUCUGUAAGGAUAAUAACGGUGGCUGUGAGCAGCUGUGUCUGUACCGGGGUAAUGGUGCGCGUACCUGCGCCUGCGCUCACGGCAUGCUAGCCGACGACGGACGCACCUGCCGGGACUACGAGGGCUACCUGCUUUACUCUGAACGCACCAUCCUGAAGAGCAUCCACCUGUCGGACGAAACCAACCUCAACGCUCCUAUAAAACCCUUCGAGGACCCGGAUCACAUGAAGAACGUCAUCGCCCUCACCUUCGACCACAGGGGGGGAGGAGGCAAAGGAGCCAACCGGAUCUUCUAUAGCGACAUUCACUUCGGCAACAUCCAGCAAAUCAACGACGACGGAUCGGGACGCAGGACCAUCGUCGAGAAUGUGGGUUCAGUGGAGGGCCUGGCCUAUCACAGAGCCUGGGACACAUUAUACUGGACCAGCUACACCACCUCCACCAUCACUCGGCACACGGUGGACCAGACUCGCAGCGGAGCCUUCCACAGGGAGACGGUGGUCACCAUGACUGGAGACGACCACCCCCGAGCCUUUGCUCUAGACGAGUGCCAAGGUCUGAUGUUCUGGACGAACUGGAACGAGCUGUCUCCCAGCAUCAUGCGGGCGUCUCUGGCUGGGGGAAAUGUGCUGGUUAUUGUGGGCAAUAGCAUCCGCACACCCAACGGCCUGGCUAUAGACCACCGGGCUGAAAAGCUCUACUUCUCUGAUGCCUCUCUGGACAAGAUCGAACGCUGCGAGUAUGACGGCAGCAACCGAUUCGUGGUUCUGAAGAACGAGCCGGUGCACCCGUUUGGUCUGGCUGUGUACGGAGAGUAUAUCUUCUGGACGGACUGGGUGCGCAGGGCUGUGCUCAGAGCGGAUAAAUACGGCCGGGAUAUGAAGGUGUUGAGACCCGAUAUCCCCCAGCAGCCAAUGGGCAUCAUCGCUGUGGCCAAGGACACCAACAGCUGCGAGUUCUCUCCGUGCCACACUAACAAUGGCGGCUGUGAAGACCUGUGUCUGCUGACCUCAGAGGGGCGGGUCAACUGCAGUUGCCGCGGAGACCGCAAGCUAGUGGAGGGCAACACCUGUGUUGCGGAGAACACCACCUGUAACAGUGUGGAUGAGUUUGAGUGUGGGAACGGAGACUGCAUCAACUACAGCCUGACCUGCGACGGCCGAGCGCACUGUAAAGACAAAUCAGACGAGAAACCGUCCUACUGCUCUAACCGCGGCUGUAAGAAGGGGUACCGCCGCUGUCUGAACGGCCGCUGUAUUAAACACAGCUCCUGGUGCGACGGCACAGACGAUUGUGGAGACCACUCGGAUGAGCUGCCCUGCAAUAUGACGAUGUGUGCUGCAGCAGAGUUUCAGUGUAAGGACGGAUCCUGUAUCAGUAACUCCAGCCGCUGUAAUCAGGUGGUGGACUGUGAGGACGCCAGUGAUGAGCUGAACUGCAGCCCCACUGAUUGCUCCAGUUUCUAUCUGUUGGGAGUGAAGAGCAUGACCUUCCAGAAGUGUGAGUUCACUACACUGUGCUACGCUCCUUCCUGGCAGUGCGACGGAUCCAACGACUGCGGAGACUUCUCAGACGAACGGAACUGUCCAGCAAAGAGGAAGCAGAAAUGUCCUGUGAACUUCUUCGCCUGCCCGAGUGGCCGCUGCAUUCCCAUGAGCUGGACCUGCGAUAAAGAGAACGACUGUGAGAACGGGACGGACGAGACGCACUGCGAUAAGUUCUGCUCCCCGACUCAGUUCGAGUGUGGAAAUCACCGCUGUAUCACCAGCUCCUGGGUGUGCGACGGCACAAACGACUGCGGAGACGGCACGGACGAGGACAGCCGAUGCAAGUCUAAGACGUGCAGUCCGGAGGCCUUCCACUGUCCUGAUUCCUACAUCUGCAUCCCCCAGCGCUGGAAGUGUGAUGGAGAUAAGGACUGUCCGGACGGGGCCGACGAGGGAGCUAAGGCUGGCUGUUCAACCAACACAACCUGUGAUGAUACAGAGUUCCAGUGCCAGAAUAAGCAGUGUAUUCCCAAGCACUUUGUAUGUGAUCAUGACUUGGACUGUCGAGACGGGUCUGACGAGUCCCCAGAGUGUGAAUACCCUACUUGUGGACCCAACGAUUUCCGCUGUGCUAACGGUCAGUGCCUGAAGCAGAAGAACUGGGAGUGCGACGGCGAGUUCGACUGCCACGACCAAUCGGAUGAAGCGCCCAAGAACGCGCACUGCACUGAACCAGAGAACCGCUGUAAUGACACGGCCCACCUGUGCACCAACGGGAAGUGUGUGAGCGAGCAGGUGCUGUGUGACAGGAAUGAUGACUGUGGAGACGGCUCGGAUGAGCUCAACUGCUUCAUCAACGAGUGCCUGAACCACAAACUCAGCGGCUGCACGCAGCUCUGCGAGGACCUGAAGAUCGGCUACAAGUGCCGCUGUGAGCCUGGGUUCAGGCUGAAGCAGGAUGGGAAGACGUGUGUAGAUAUAGAUGAAUGCACCACCACCUACCCGUGCUCCCAGCGCUGCGUCAACACACACGGCAGCUUCCACUGCUUCUGCAUAGACGGAUACAUAGUGCAGGUUAACGACACCACCCGCUGCAAGUCCACCUCCGAGGAGGAGCCUUACCUGAUCUUUGCUAACCGCUACUACCUGAGGAAGCUGAACCUGGAUGGCACCAACUACACCCUCAUCAAACAGGGUUUGAAUAAUGCCGUGGCUCUGGACUAUCACUACGCCGAGCAGAUGAUCUACUGGACGGAUGUGACGACACAGGGCAGCAUGAUCCGCCGCAUGCACAUGAACGGCAGUAAUGUAGAGGUGCUUCACAGGACCUCUCUGAGUAAUCCGGACGGGCUGGCUGUGGACUGGGUCGGUGGAAACCUCUAUUGGUGUGACAAAGGUCGAGACACCAUUGAAGUGUCGAAGCUGAACGGAGCUUAUAGAAGUGUGCUGGUGAACAGUGGCCUGAGGGAGCCGAGAGCUGUGGCUGUGGACGUGCGGAAUGGCUAUCUGUACUGGUCAGACUGGGGAGACGUUCCUCAUAUUGGUCGUAUUGGAAUGGACGGUACUGACCGGCGAAUUAUCAUCAAGGACAAGAUCACCUGGCCUAAUGGCUUGACUCUGGACUUCAUUAAUGACCGUAUUUACUGGGCAGACGCUCGCGAGGACUACAUCGCUUUUGCUAGCUUGGACGGAACCAACAGACAUACUGUUCUGACUCAGGACAUCCCGCACAUCUUCGCCAUGACUCUGUUCGAGGAGUACAUCUACUGGACCGACUGGGAGACCAAGUCCAUCAACAGAGCCCACAAGACCAUGGGCAUCAACAAGACCGUACUGAUCAGCACCCUGCACCGGCCAAUGGACAUCCACAUCUACCACCCCUCCAGACAGCCUGAGGCGGUGGAGAAUCACCCCUGUCAGGUGGAUAAUGGGGGCUGCAGUAAUCUGUGUCUGUUGGCUCCUGGCGGGGGAUAUAAGUGCGCCUGUCCCACAAACUUCUACCUGGCAGCAGACGGUAAACAGUGUCUGUCCAACUGCACAGCGAGCCAGUUUGUGUGUAAGAAUGAUAAGUGCAUCCCCUUCUGGUGGAAGUGCGACACUGAGGACGACUGUGGAGACCGAUCGGAUGAACCUGAAGACUGCCCUGCGUUUAAGUGCAGGCCAGGGCAGUUCCAGUGUGUCACCGGCAUCUGCACCAACCCCGCCUACAUCUGUGACGGAGACGACGACUGUCAGGACCUCUCUGAUGAGGCGAACUGCGAUAUCCACGUGUGUCUGCCCAGUCAGUUCAAGUGUUCCCACCCCAGCCGCUGCAUUCCAGGAAUCUUCCGCUGCAAUGGGCAGAAUAACUGCGGUCAGGGUGAAGACGAGAAAGACUGCCCGGAGGUGACGUGCGCUCCCAACCAGUUCCAGUGUGUGAUCACCAAGCGCUGCAUCCCUCGAGUCUGGAUGUGUGAUCGUGACAAUGACUGUGUGGACGGCUCUGAUGAACCAGCCAACUGCACUCAGAUGACGUGUGGUGUUGAUGAGUUCCGCUGUAAGGACUCGGGUCGCUGUAUUCCCGCGCGCUGGAAGUGUGACGGCGAGGACGACUGCGGGGACUCCUCAGACGAGCCGAAGGAAGAGUGCGAUGAGAGAACCUGUGAACCGUAUCAGUUCCCCUGUAAGAAUAACCGCUGUGUCCCUGGCCGCUGGAAGUGCGACUACGACAACGACUGUGGAGACAACUCAGACGAGGAGGACUGUGUGCCGCGUCAGUGCUCGGAGAGUGAGUUUGCCUGCACUAACGGACGCUGUAUUGCUGGAAGGUGGAAAUGUGAUGGAGAUCACGACUGUUCUGAUGGAUCAGACGAGAACGGCUGUGAUCUGAAGUGUGAUGUAGAUCAGUUCCAGUGUAAGAACGGUCACUGUAUCCCGCUGCGCUGGCGCUGUGAUGCUGAUGCCGACUGUAUGGACGGCAGUGAUGAGGAGAGGUGUGAUGUAGCAGCUGAACGCCUCUGUCCCAAUGACGAGUUCCAGUGUAACAACACACUGUGUAAACCUCUGGCCUGGAAAUGUGACGGUGAAGAUGACUGUGGAGAUAAUUCAGACGAAAACCCGGAGGAGUGCCGGAAGUUUGUGUGCCCCCCCACCAGAAACUUCCGCUGCCAGAACGACCGCGUGUGCCUGUGGAACGGAAAGCACUGCGACGGCGUUAAUCACUGCGGGGAUAACUCUGACGAGCUCAACUGUGACAAACAAGCGAACAAGUGUGGAAAGGAUCAGUUCCAGUGCAGCAACGGCAAGUGCAUCAGCUCCACCCUGCGCUGCAACUUCUUCAACGACUGUGAGGACUACGGCUCAGACGAGAUCGGCUGCAAGCUGGACACCAUGCUGAACGACUGUAAGAGCAACAAGUCUCUGUGUGGAGAGACUGAGGAGGUUCACUGUGUGACCAACAAGAGCGACUCCUUCUGCUCCUGCAAACCAGGCUUCCAGAACAUCGGCUUCAACAACUGCCAAGAUAAAAACGAGUGCCUGCAGUUUGGCGUGUGCUCUCACAUCUGCAACAACACCAAGGGAUCGUACAAGUGCAGCUGCCACAAACACUUCGCCAAGGUCAACGACACCUGCAAAACCGCUGACGACGGGACUGUGGUCAGGAGGAAGGUGCUCUACAUCGCUGAUGAUAACGAAAUCCGCAGUCUGGACCCCGGCAUGCCCAACCUGGCGUACGAGCAGACCUUCCAGGGUGACGCCAACGUCCGCAUUGAUGCCAUGGACCUGCAUGUGAAGACCAACCGUAUCUACUGGACCAACUGGCACACCAGCGGCAUCUCCUCCUUCCAGCUGCCCUCAGUGUCCUCAUCUCUGUCCGGCUCCUCCCCCAACUCCCACCGCAGCAGGAGGCAGAGCGAGGGGACCGUCACUAACCUUCAAAUUCCAGGUCUGAAGACUCCUAGAGGAAUCGCAGUGGACUGGGUUGCUGGGAACCUGUACUGGACUGACUCUGGUCGUGACGUUAUUGAGGUGGCUCAGAUAUCCGGCCAGAACAGGAAGACUCUGAUCUCAGGAAUGAUUGAUGAGCCCUACGCUAUUGUGGUGGAUCCUCCUAGAGGGACCAUGUACUGGGCAGACUGGGGAAAUCACCCUAAGAUUGAGACCGCAGCCAUGGAUGGUACUCUGAGACAGACACUGGUGCAUGAGCACUUACAGUGGCCUACUGGUCUGGCGGUGGAUUACUUUAACGAGCGUCUCUACUGGGCUGAUGCUAAGCUCUCUGUGAUUGGAAGUGUGCGUCUGGAUGGCACAGACCCCGUGGUGGCCGUCUCCAAUGCCAAAAACAAGCUCCUCCACCCGUUCAGUAUUGAUAUCUAUGAGGAUUACAUCUACGGCGUCACCUACGUCAACAACUACGUAUUCCGGGUUAACAAGUUCGGCAAGGGCCCGAUGGAAAACCUGACUACUGGCAUCAACCACGCCACUGACAUAGUGCUCUACCACCGCUACAAACAGCCGGAGAUUGCUAACCCAUGUGACCGGAAGAAGUGUGAGUGGCUGUGUCUGCUCAGCCCCAGUGGUCCCGUCUGCACCUGCCCUAAUGACCGCGUACCUGAUAACGGCACCUGUGUGGAGCUGCCCCCAGCAACUCAAUCCCCCGUCACUCCGUCGUGCAGUAUUCAGUGUCUGAACGGCGGCAGCUGCUUCCUGAACGCUCGCAGUCAGCCCAAGUGCCGCUGCCCCACCAGCUACAAAGGGGAGAGGUGUGAGAUGGACCAGUGCAGAGACUACUGCAAGAACGGAGGAACCUGCACCCCUUCACGAGCCGGUUCUCCUACCUGCCGCUGCCCGACCGGCUUCACCGGACCCCACUGUAACCUGAACACGUGCAACGACUACUGCAAGAACGGAGGCACCUGCACCGUCAGCCAGGGCAACCAGCCCACAUGCAGCUGCCCUGAGGGCUUACUGGGAGACCAGUGCCAGUACAGACACUGUGAGGACUUCUGUGAGAAUAAAGGAACGUGUCAGCAGACGGCCAACGGCACCAAGCUGUGCCGCUGCACCGCGCAGUUCCAGGGCCCAACCUGCAGCGUGGACAAGUGCAUGUACUGUGGGAAGGGCAAGUGCAUCCAGCAGAACCCUGAAGGAGUGAUGUGCAGCUGUGAGAAUAACCGAGUCCAACCCAGCUGCUUCAGCUGUGCUGAUUUCUGCUUCAGGGGCCGCUGUUCGAUAGACCAGCGCACCGGACUGCCACAGUGCGAGUGCCCUUCAGGCUGGGCCGGCGAUCGGUGCGACAUCACUCACGCUUCCACGGGUAGGGGAGACUCAUCUGGAACUCCAGAACCAAAUACACAUAGCAAAUACCCUGCCUCUGUGAUUAUUCCAGUGCUGCUGCUGCUGGUUCUGGCGCUGCUGGUGGUUGGCGCCAUCUUGUGGUAUAAGAAGAGAAUGCGUGGGUCUAUGAGGCGGGGCAAGCCCAGCUCCAGAUGCUUGCGUGCUAAGGGCUUCCAGCACCAGAGGAUGACCAAUGGUGCCAUGAAUGUAGAGAUUGGGAACCCUGCAUAUAAGAUUUACGAGGGAGAGCCGGACGACGAUGCCGGAGAGCUGCUAGAUUCAGACUUCGCUUUGGAUCCAGACAAGCCCACCAACUUUACCAACCCGGUGUACGCCACGCUGUACAUGGGCGCCCACAACAGCCGCAACUCCCUGGCCAGCACAGACGAGAAGAAGGAGCUGCUCUCGGCGGGCGACGAGGACAUGGGCGACCCGCUGGCGUAGAGCCGAAACGCGCCCUCUUCUUCCUCCUCCUCCUCCUAACACAGCGCCCCCACCUGGCCCCCCCAUGCCUUUACACAUCAGAAGAAAAGCAACAAGGAGAGCGAGAACACUGUACAAAAUGUAAAAAAGAAAAAAAACAACAAAAAAAAAUGAAGGACUACUUUUGUAUGUGAUUGCAGUAUUAUAUUUUAUUCUUUGACGAAACCUUCCAGUCAAGAAAAAAAGAAAACAACAUUUUUCUAUAGCUUUUUUUUUAAUCAUUGCUCACCUAGCAACCCUCUAUUUCUUUUUUUCUCUCUUUCUAUCCUGCUCUCUCUCUCUCUCUUUUUUUUUUCUUUCUCUCCCCUCCAUGUAGCCUCUACCUCUGUGCUAAAUGAGAUGCCGACACACAGUAACAACUACGGAACUAUUUUCAUCCUUUUUUUUGUUGUUUUGUUUUUUUGUAUGAACUGUAUAGAAGUCGUCGUUCCACACGAAUAGGAAAUAGCCAAGUUUUUUCUUUCUCUUUUUUUUUUCUUCCUUUCUUCUUCUUCAUUUUGUUGUUGCCAGUAAACCAGUAACAGAGAGGAGGAAAAGGAGGAGCAGGGCUGAAUGCUAACGCUUUUCCUGCCCCAGUGUGUGAAUGUGUACUGCUAGAGGAGGAGAGAGACCGUCUUGACUGACUGAGCAUUUGAUUGACAGAUUGAUUAAUUGAUUGAUUAGGUGAGUGUGUGCGCGCGUGUGAGGAGACCUGGUGAACUAGGCCUGUUUUGAUUGUCUUACUCCUUGCACAGAUGGAUUUUAUAUAUAUUUACGUUUCUAUAUAUAUAUAUAAUAUACAUUUUAACAGAAGUGUCCUGAUGCUUAAAUGUAAAUCCAGGAAUAGAAGCAGCCGCAGAGCAUCCGUACAACCGUCUGUAACCUUUACAGUGCUUUUAGAGUUCGGAGAGUGUUUUCACGGUACUAUAUACUGUCAUAGAUGAUGGACGGUUUGAUGAAUGAAUGAGUGGAUGGAUGGAUGAAUAGAUGAAUGGAUGAACAGAUCAGCAGAGGGGAGUGUAAGUGGUUCCUGGUUAUGAGAGAACAUUCCAGGCUGUGUUUUGUGGCUGUUGUGUCUUCCAGGAAGAAAGGGACCAUAAGGAGGAAAAUGGAACUGAUCGUGGAGCUUUUUCUCGUCUUUUAUUCAACGGGAUUUCAAGGGAUAACUAUUACAAACCACUUCAAUGGGAAUUUACAGUGUUUUUUUUUGUUUGUUCAUUUGUUUUCUUUGUUUUUUUAAAGGCUUCAUUGGAAGUGCAUUCUGCUGUGCGUGUGUGUGUGUGUGUGUGUGUGAGUGUGUGUGUGAGAGUGAGUGAAUGUGGGGUCUAUGGACCCCCGCUGCCCUCCUGCCCUGACUCACUGCCUCGCUGCUAGCCCUGCCAUUGUCGUUUUUUCCACAGGGGAAAUCAGCUGAAGUCGCUGCGUCUCUCGGAGAAGGAAGAGCAAGCAGCGCACGCCUGCCACAGACUAAUGCAUGUGUCACACCAGACGUCUAACAGCGUUCACCCACCGUCCGCGUCCGCUUCGUCCUCAUCCUCAGAUGUAAUUUAGUGAAAUUGAAAGAUUCAUUUUGUUUCGUGUCUUAAUUUUUUUUUUUUUUUUUUUUGCUUUUGAACAAUCAUCAUAAACAGCGACUGCUUACACACCACCCUCCCCGCCAUCUCGGUACUCCUGUUGAUUUUGAUUUUUGUUUUAAUUCUGAUUUUUUUGUUUGUUUGUUUUCUUUUUAUAUAUACAGAAUAAUUAAACUGCUUUUUAUAGUAGAAAUGCA